CAGCCUCCCAAGUGCUGGGAUUGCAGGCGUGCGCCACCACGCCCGGCUUCUAGGAGUUAAAGAUCAGAGCAGCAAACAUCUGACACCAAAGCAUGAACAGAAAUACUGUCGUGCCUGUUCUGCCCGACCUGGUCUACGCUCAUGAAGACUUCAGAACGUCAUGUUCAGCUGUUUCUGGGACCACAAACAGCCACUCUGUACUUUGCCCAACUUCUGGAUUCUGCCAGGCCUGAGAGCCUUGAAGAAAAAGAGUGAUCCGCCGGGAUGGACUGUGGCUCCAGGCUCCCAAGGGCUCCCGGAACUCUGGCCAGGGCGGGCUCUCACUCCAGGGUUCCCGGAGCUGCAACCCGAGCCCAGUUCUCCGCGCGUUCCGCCGGGGACCGGCACCGGGGGGCGCUCCAGGGCAGGGUCCUGCUCCUGACCGUCUGUGUGGCUGGCAUUGGUGGCACUUUUCAGUUUGGCUACAACCUCUCCAUCAUCAACGCCCCAACCUGGCACAUUCAGGAAUUCACCAAUGAAACAUGGCAGGCACAUACGGGAAGACCACUACCUGACCACCUGCUGCUGCUUGUGUGGUCCCUCAUUGUGUCUCUUUUCCCCCUGGGGGGCCUCUCUGGAGCACUCCUUGCAGGGCCCAUGGCCGUCAUACUGGGAAGGAAGAAGUCCCUCCUGGUGAAUAACAUCUUUGCAGUGGUAGCCGCGACCCUAUUUGGAUUCAGCCGCAAGGCUGGCUCCUUGGAGAUGAUCAUGCUGGGAAGACUCCUCGUGGGAGUCAAUGCAGGGGUGAGCAUGAACAUCCAGCCCAUGUACCUGGGGGAGAGUGCUCCCAAGGAACUCAGGGGAGCUGUGGCCAUGAGCUCAGCCAUCUUCGUAGCCCUGGGGAUCGUGAUGGGACAGGUGGUUGGACUCAGGGAGCUCCUGGGUGGUCGACAGGCCUGGCCCAUGCUGCUGGCCAGCUGCCUGGUGCCCGGGGUGCUCCAGCUCGCCUCUCUUCCCCUGCUCCCCGAGAGCCCACGCUACCUCCUCAUUGACCGUGGAGACACCGAGGCCUGUGUGGCAGCCCUGAAGUGGCUUCGAGGUGACAGGGACGUGACCCAGGAGCUGGAGGAGAUAGAGGAAGAGCGUGUCGCCUGCCAGGGCCGACGUGCUCAGCGCCCGUGGGAGCUUGUCCUGGAUCCUACCCUGCAGAGGCAGGUGACCAGCCUGGUGGUGCUGGGCAGUGCCAUGGAGCUCUGUGGGAAUGACUCGGUGUACGCCUACGCCUCCUCCAUAUUCCUGGCGGCGGGAGUGCCGGAGGAGAGGGUCCAGUAUGCCAUCAUCGGGACUGGGAGCUGCGAGCUGUUUGCAGUUCUUGUCAGCGGCUCCUUCCACUGGAUGCCCUACCUGGCCAUGGCCUGCAUCUUUGCCUUCAUCCUUAGCUUUGGCAUUGGCCCUGCUGGAGUGACAGGGAUCCUGGCUACAGAGCUGUUUGACCAGACAGCCCGGCCCGCUGCCUAUGUGGUCUGUGGGGUGCUCUUGUGGACCAUGCUCUUCCUGGUGGGGCUGGGGUUCCCCUUCAUCCUGGUAAGUCCAUCCUUCCCCUUGGAGUGGGGGGGCCCUGCCUCAAAUUUUGUCCUUGUCACCGUGACCACCUCAGCAGGAGGCCUCCAUCCAGGGAGAUUGACACUGUGACCCUUGUGAGCAAAGGGGCGGAGACCCUGCUGAGGACUUGUCCUGGGCCUUCUGUUGAGGCCUGAGAGAGGCCACACCAGUCUUGGGGUCUCUUUUAACCCACAGGAGGGUUUGUCCCACUUCCUGUAUGUUCCUUUCAUCGGUGUCUGUGUCUGUGGGGCUGUCUAGACUGGCUUAUUCCUCCCUGAGACCAAAGGCAAGACCUUUCUGGAAAUCUCCAAGGAGCUACACAGACUCAACUCACCCAGGCAGGCCCAGGGUCCCAUGUGGACCAGCCCAGAGGUCAUCACAUCCACUGGUCUUUAGCUGCAAAGCCAGUUGCGGGCCUUUCCUUUGCUUUUUACAUCACUGGCUCCUGCUCCACCCCACCCCACCCUGCUUUUCUUUUUGGAGUCAGUGUCUUGCUGUAUACUUCACACUGGCCUUGAACUCAUUUAUGGAGCCCAGGCUGAUCUUGAACUCACAGCAAUCCUCCUGCCUCAGCCUCCCAAGAGCUAGAAUUACAGGUGUGCACUAUCAUACCUGGCCAGAACAUUUGUCUAAUUGUAGUACUAGAAGAAUGUGAAACAAUAAACUUUGUUUUAGAAACUGAUUGCCUACAUGGUAGGUAUUGUAAAGCAUGGGGUAUGAAUACAGUGAAAAGAAAUCUUCUUUCAGCUUUGUGUUAACUCGGUUUUCUAUUAUUAUGACAAAAUACCUGAGAAAUAUGAACUGUAAAGGAAGAACUGUUUCUUUUGGCUCAGGGCUUCAGAGGUUUCAGUUCAUGGUCACUGGACUCCAUUGCCUUUGGACCUGCAGUGGCCCAGUACAUCAUGGUGGGGGCACAUAGUGCAGCAACUGCUUGCCUCAAGGCAGCUGGGAAGAAAAAGAGAGAAGAGAGAGGAGGGGGGAGAGCAUGUGCAAGUGAGCCAGGGGGUGUGAAUGACGCCCUCGGAGGAGCUCCUGCAAAGACCUCACCUCUUCCCACAAGG